AUGAGUGACUGUUGCUUAAAGGGAUUUCGCUGGAAUGGCACACCUCGGGGCCAAGAGGUUAUACUCGCUGGCAUAAAUUGUUACAGGACUGGAACGGAAUCCAAUGUUGCUAUCCUACUGAUUCACGACCUUUUCGGGUGGACGUUCACCAACACUCGCAUAUUGGCGGACCAUCUGGCGGAAGAGGUUGGUGCGACGGUCUUCGUCCCUGAUUUCUUCGGAGGCGAGGCUCUGCCCCUUGACAUCCUCCUCGACGAGACAAGAUGGAACGAACUCGACCUCCCUGGCUUCCUGAGCCGCAAUACGAAGCUUAUCAGAGAGCCGGAGAUCUUCGCCUGUGCCACAGCCCUACGCAUUGAGCACGGGUAUACAUCCCUUGGCGCGAUCGGGUUCUGCUUCGGUGGCUGGGCGGUCUUUCGGCUCGGAGCUAAGGAUGUUCGACUGGUUGACUGCAUUUCCACAGCACAUCCUACGUUCCUAGAGCCGGAGGAGAUCCGGCAGGUUGACGUUCCUGUCCAGGUCAUGGCACCAGAACAUGACCCUCAGUUUACGCAGGAGCUGAAGGCACUCAGCAAUGAGGUCUUGCCGAUGUUAGGCGUCCCCUACGACUACCAGUAUUUCCCGUCGUUAACCCAUGGAUUUGCAACGCGCGGGAACCUUAAUGACAGGGAGGAAAUGCUGGGUGCAGAGAGGGCGAAGGAUGCUGCUGUUCUUUGGUUCCGUCACUGGCUGCAUAAGCAAAGGAAAACAGAACUGAUUAUGGUUGAAUAG